CGAUCUUGCAGAAAUCAAAACAGGCCCCGACAACGAGACGGCACUCUCAACUGUGGAUCACUCAGUUUUGAUUGCCAGCCGUCAAGGUAGUAUGUCUUUCUUUGGCUUUGAUACUACUCUGCCGAGGGAUCGCCCCUCUGGCCGGCAAACGCGGGGUAUUUUCGAGAACCCUGACCCUUUCGCGCAAGUUGCCCAUGCCACCACGCAAGAUGACGACGAUGCAAUCGAUUUCGAAGACACCUACGAUGGACUGGGUGACCAGUUGGACGAGGACCAAGAUGCCUUUAACGAAGACACUUUUGGUGGAGGGGAGGAUGAGAAGCAGCCCGUAGGGAAAGAUUUCGAUUUCUACGGGAAAACCGCCCAAAUGUCAAAUGUGCUCGAUGAGGAGCAGAUGUUGUAUAAGCUGAAACAUCCUCCCCGGGAAUCCAAGCCAAAAUCUCCAGCUCCGACUCCUGCAAAGCCUAAGCGGACUGGAUAUGAGCUCUAUCAAGACCCGGGCUAUAUCCCUGAGAUUCAGGCGAAGUCAACUGUUUGGGGGACAGGUGUGGGACAAAAAUCCAAGGCAGAGGACAGCACUCUUCCUUCCAAACCUGCCGCGCCAGCGAAGAAGAUAAUGAGUUUGGAAGAAGUUGAAGCACAAAUGCGGGCACAGAGCAAGAAACCUCUGGGAACUGAGCAACCCUCCGUUCCUCCACCGCCUCCGCAAACUGCUCCUCAAUUUCCGGGGGCCAUCCCGCAAGGGACGGUUCCCCUUACUAUGCCUCUCCACGAUAGACCUGCCCCUCCGCCCGACGGUAUGCAACCAUUGUCGCUCCAGGAGUUCCCACCCCUUGACCAACAACGGCAAUAUGCUCAGCUGGGAAAGGAUGCUCUUGCAGGCCAGGCAUUUCAACGCCAACAGUCUUUCCCGCCUAUGGAAGCCAUGCUACCUCGUCCCGGAAUGCCUCCCCCACCCAUGCACCAUCAAAAUCGCCCACCGCCAAGUGCCGCACCGCAGCGCCCAAUGCGACAAGUCCAGCACCACCACCCCAAAUCACAGGCGCCUAUGGGCCCUCCUGGUAAAUUACCUGUCACAUCCGGCAUGCCACAUAAUUUAGCACCUCUGACUGAGGAGCAGAGAAAAGCCAAUUUGAUUGAGGAUGCAAAACGCGCAAAGCGGAAUCACAAGAUAUUACUUCUUUCCAAAGGAAACGGUUUAAUGACUCCGCAGGAUAAAAAUUUCAUUACUCGUAUACAGUUACAGCAGCUGGUCGCUGCAACAGGUAACGUGACGGAUCCGGAGAGCGAGGCAUCGCUGUCCGAGGACUUCUACUACCAAGUUUACAGCCAAAUCCGUGGAGCUCCUAGGCAACACCCCCGCCAGCCUCUAGGUCAUUUUGCGCAGACCUACCUUUUUCAAACCGGAGGGCGAUCUGCGGGGGGCAUGGGAAGGCGACAAUUUUACACCGGAGACAAUCAUAUGCAGCGGAUGCAACAGCAGGUUCAACGGGCCGUGGAAGCAGCUAAAUUGAGACCGAAAAACAAGCAGUUGAUAAUUGAAGGAAGUCUAGGCAAAAUAUCGUUUAGCAACGCCAAAACACCUAAGCCGCUGCUAAAUAUCAAGCGCCCCGAUAGCUCUGAUGGCCAGAAAGCUUCCAAUCUUAAAAAGGGCAACCAUACUGCGAUGAGUCCCAGUGACAGGAAAUCAAUAUUGAAAAAUAUUGAAAAUGUAUAUGGAACUCUGAUGCAAAUGGAAGACCACGAACGAAGUAUGCCGCCACCUCCCGAUGAAAAUGAUCCUGGAUCAGUCGAAAGGCAUAUGGAAUGGAGACAGAAGAUGCAACAUCUCAACCAAAAACUCUGGUCAGAUAUGAAAGUAUUAGAACCGAUCGUUCCUGGCUCGCCUACUCCGCAUCCCUUCAUUGCAUUUCUGUCUUACCCCAAGGGUAAGAAAGCCAUUCCUCGCAUCUUCCGCCAAAUUGACCAAGAACAACGUGUCACCAUCCUCACCAUGAUCAUUGUUCACCUCGAUUCAUUGGAUGUUGUCCAGCGAGCACAACUUCAACCCGGAGAAUCUCAGCCACCUUUGGCUGUUCGAGAAGAAAUUGACCUGUUUUCACAUGCUGUCAUGCCCAGUCUACUUGGCUACGUUAACGAGGCGCCGAUCAAUAUUAUUACCGGCCUACUGGGUCUUGUCAUUGGUCAGACUCACGUCCAAACAGUUGCGAAGACUCGAGUCGGUCUUGGAGUUCUGACCAUGUUGCUUAGCCGCGCGGAACUGGUCAAAGAAGGAGGCACCGUGGAAGACGAGCUGUUGAAGUCAUGGACGGAACUUUAUAACACUUUUUUUGACCGGCUAGAGCCUGUCUUUAGCGAUAUCUUCCCUGGAACCAUUAACAGUGGUGAUGAUAUGUACGUAUGGCAGUUCUUAGCUGCCGUAGGUAUCGGUGCCAGCCCAGAACAACAGCAACGCUUGGUUAUUGCUGUCAAGGAGCGAGUUAUGGAAACCGUUGCCCAGAGCAAAACCCUUCCAGCGGAUAUGGCCAGCCAACGCCUUGGCAAUGUCAACCUCUUCAUGCGAGCCAUCGGGCUCGAUGUCGAGCUCUUGGGAUAGAACAAUAAUCAGCCACAAGAUAGCUACUGGAGGCAUUUCGGCCAAUACAGCUUACGAUGAUGCACUCCUCUUUUGGUCGUUUAUCAUUAAUUCCUCGUAAACCGCAAAGCGGUUCUCAAUAACUUUAUACAACAGCUGAAACAGCACAAAGCGAAGUCGCCUAAAUAUGUGACUGAUAUUGAUCAAUUUACUGUCGAUACUACACUACACCUACGGGAUGUUUCACCUUGUUACGAAAAUUUCUAGUUUCUUUCCAUUAUUCGUCCAAAAAAGAAAGAAGAGAUAUAAUUUGUGAGGUAAAGUUCAAAAUGGCAUCUUAUCAUAUGAAAUUAAAAUACUGUUUAAUAGUAUUGAUGUGGCGAGAUACCAACUGCGUCCAAUUGUAUUUUUUCUUCUUUUUGUCUGGCCAGGUUUCGUACUUUUCGUUUAUGGACUCUUCUAUUAUUAUCAUCAGUAUUGAUUACGACCUUUGUGCCAUUGUCGAUAACCUUGCGUUGAGUUUCUCCGUUUCUCAACAAAAAGGAUCCUCGUCUUAUUUGCACUGCGCUUUUCACUUUUUAUAGUCGUUUUAUUGGUAUUUAUUAACUUACGCGAGCUCUUUAUUUCGUUGUAUAUUUCACCUUUUUAACGCUACUUCUUUUUUACUUUACCUAACUUCAUGACCCAGCGAAAUUCAAAAUUCACUGUUAUGACCUAUCCCACAAAGGAGUCGUAUUUGGAUAUAUUGGAUAUAGUAUCCAUAUUCUUCUACUAAUCGACUUCUCGCCGGUGUACUUCUUGAUGACUUAAUGUCCUCCUUUACGUCUGGUCGAAAGGGGAAAACGGAAAGAAAUUGUCCUUUGAUAGCCUGUUUCACACCAACUCGAGUGGCGUAUAGAGGUUAAGUUGCACUGUGGAUAUAAGCGGCAGACUGUCAAUUGAGCGUGAUGCCGAAACAAGCUAUAGUAGAAGAUAUUCUGAUAGCGGGUCUAUAAACCGCAACGAGGGAGGGAAUACUCCUCCUAUAAACGAAAAAAGUAUAUAAAUAAAUGGGAGCAAAUGUCAUUGGUAUUGAGGCGAGACCUCCCCCAGUUACAGAAUAAGUACUCCAUAUGAGCUUGUAAGAACAGAAGACAGUUUUCAAGGCAUAGACUUUGAAAUAAAAAAGCAGUUUGGAAACAGGUGACAGAGUCCUUAGACAGUGACAAAGUAAACGUAGCCAUCUCUUAACUUUGUAGAUUCCGGAAUCUGUUGCUUCUUUCAUGAUUCAAAAAGAUCUCAGGAGCCUGGAAGAUAGAUUAAAUCAAACCUUAGAGCA